AUGACAGCUGUGUGUGAUGUCACCAAACAACUUCAGCAAACUAUUGCAGCUAUGAAUACAUAUCCAUCACAAGCCUCAGCUAAGCAACUCAACCUUGAAUAUUCUCGAAGUGCAACCCAACAAGCACCUGUCCAACAGUUUCAACCUGUACUACAACAGAUGUACAACCCAGCACCACAACAGCCAUACCAGCCUGUACCUCAACAGCAGCCAUACCAGUCUUUCCCUCAACAGCCAUACCACCUUGGGCCACAGCAUUCAUACCACCCUGCAAAACAGCCGUACAAUCGUGGUCCGAAACAAUAUAACCGCAAACCACAACAGCAAGCCAACUACACCCCCGGCAGGCGGCAACCAGUCAACCCGACCUAA